AUGCCGAUUCCACAACCAGGCACAAGGGAGCCGUUGGCGCAGUCCGUGGUUCCAGUCUCCCAGGGGGAAACUAUCUUCUCCUUCACCACCUUCCUGGCUUCCUACCUGGGCUUUGCCACCACCCCACAGUUCCUGGAGCAGCUGCUUGGCAGCACCUUGUCUUCCAUUUCUGUCACCUGGACUCACCAGUGCACGGAAGAUUUCUAUCCACCGCUGAACAUUCCAUCACUCAAGCUUAAGCCAGAACCAGGGCUCAUUCCAGCACCAGAGGAAAGGCCACCUUCAGUGAUGACCCUGGAGCUACAGUUGGCUCCAGAGGCUACCUCCGUUUGCACUGAGACUGAAAAGAGCAAGACCAAAGAGCAGCUGCCUAGUGUCAUGAUGUUCUCUCCUAAGCUGGUAGCGGAGCAGUUGACACUCAAAGAUUCGGAGCUGUUUUGUAAGGUGGCACCCUUUGAAUGUCUUGGCUCCAUCUGGAGCCAGCGGAACAAAAAGGGCAAAGAGAACCUGGCACCAACUGUCAGAGCCACCAUCAGCCAGUUCAACAAAGUGGCCGGCUGUGUGAUUACCACCUGCCUUGGGGACCACAGCAUGAAUGCCCAGGACAGGGCCAAGACAAUGGAGCACUGGAUCAAGGUGGCCAGGGAGUGCCUUGGCCUGGGGAACUUCUCCUCGAGCCACGCCAUCCUCUCGGCCCUAGAAAGUUUCCCACUUCAUCGCCUGAGGAAAACCUGGAGAGCAGUUUCCAGAAAAUGUUCCAAACAUUUUAAAGACCUGUGUGGGAAAGACAAGGUACUGAUCAGAGAUCCACUCAUCAAGGUGGGGACCUCCAAGUUGGAGAAGAACCCCCAGAGAGCCCAGAUGAGGCUGAGGAAGCAGAAGAAGGGUGUCGUCCCCUUCCUGGGCACCUUCCUCACUGACCUGCAGAUGCUGGAUGCUGCCAUGGAGGAAUAUGUGGAUGGAAAUGUGAUCAAUACGAAGAAGAAGAUGAAGGAGGUCAAAGUACUCCAGGAGAUGCAGUUGCUCCAGGUGGCUGCAAGCAAUUAUCGCUUUCAGCAUGAGCAACAAUUUCAGAUGUGGUUUCAAUUACUGGAGGGUCUCAGUGAAAAGGAGAGCUACCACCUGUCCUGCCAGCUGGAACCCCCAUCCCAGUAG